CGGCCCAUGGCAGUAUGCGAAAGUCAUGUUGCAGCCGCUUCAGUGCUUUAUACACCACAGUCAACUGGAACACUGUUGAUUGGAGUUAUUUUGACUGCAGCAUCUUGAAGUUUUUGGUCAAAAACAACUGUGACACCACGGUAUAGUCAUCAAAUCCGCAGCUGUCAUCAUGCCUGUGGUGAUUGAGGUCCUUAUGGGGCGGCACUUUUUUGUGGAGCCGCCCAACUGUUAUGCGACUUUUACCUGUGGAGGCCAGGAGUACACCACCGAUACGCACCACAACGCAACCAACCCGAAGUGGCCCAACUGCAAGUAUGAGCUGGCCUAUGAUGGCCAACCCAUCUCCAUUGACUUUGCCAUCAUGCAACGCAAGAGCCGGGAGGAGAGGGUGAAAAUUGCUUCCGUGACUGUGAAGUGGGAGCACUUUCUACCUGGCCUCCGCAAGGUGGAGGACUACCUGGUGACCCGCUUGGUCGAUGGCGUCAAAGACACCGCGGCCAUCCGCGCGGCCGCCACGCUGCUGCCGGAGGGCAUCGUGGGGGCGCCCGAACGGCCGCAGGGACCGCGAAGGAAGGCGCUCUUCGUGGGGAUUUGCUACGCGGGAACCGAGUCGUACCUGCCCAAAUGCCACGAAGAUGCUGAAAAGAUGAAGAACUACUUCUGUGGUCAUUGGGGCUUCAACGACACUCCUGAGGACACCAAGGUGCUGAUGGACGGCGAGGGCGCAUCAGAGAGUAGUCGACCAACGAGGGACAACAUCAAAGCGGGAAUGAAGCAGCGCGGCCAAAUGGUGAUGGUGGUGGUAUGUUGCACUCCAGUUUCGUUGCAACCAGCUGUAAUAAGCUUUGGCUAUUUGGUUUUAUUUGUUUUUCCAUAA